AUGAUUUUCUAUUACGCCCCAUUCGAAGCAAAUGCUUUUUCACAUCAAAUACAAACUUAUCACAUUGAUUCCACUUAUAAGCUCUUGCGCUCUCGCAUACCAUUUUAUGCCGUCACUGGCAAAUUCGCGGAAUCAAUUGUUUUUCCGUUUUUGUAUUUUUUCGUUUGGCCCGACACAAGUGAAAAUAUACAAGUUUGUCUCACAGCAUAUUUUGGCUCCAUCAAUCGCGAACCAUCUUAUUUUUCAAUGGACUGCGCACCUCAAAUCACAAAUGCUGUUGAAACAGCCAUCCCCUUAUGCCAGAUCAUUUGGUGUGGCGUUCAUGUGUUGCGCGCUGUCAUGAGAAAGGCUGAAAAGUUUCAAGAUCGUUCCAACUUCGAAACUUUCUAUAACUUAAUGAAGUUAUUGGUCUUUGGUUCUGAAGAGGAAGAAAUUGAUCCUGAUGAAGUUUACAACAAUUUAGAAGAAAUUUUAAAUGAGGAACCUGCUGCCCGUGAAUACUUUGACCGACAGUGGCGCCAUCAUCUUGACAGGUGGAUGCUUCGCUAUAGAAAUGAAGGAGAUGAACAAACAACAUCUCGGAAUCACAUUUCAAGGUUUUGA